AUGGAGAGAGCGUCGAAGUUCCAUUCAGGUCGCAACGCUGUCCGAUCACUCCUUGACUCAUUUGAUAUCGAUGGUCCCCAAGACAAACAUCGGUGUCUCGUGCAUCCCCCAUUGUGGGAGAAAUGCGAAUCAUACACGCAGACUUGUGCUUUCCUACCGUCAUCUAACUUACUUAUAAUAUCAAUUGGCACGAUCAUUCUGUUAGAUAUCAAAGCUGACAAUAUCAUGUUCGGAAUUGCUGAUGAUUCAGUCUUCACUGACUUUGAAGAAAUGGAGCUUGAAGCUCCCUUACCGAGGAGGGAAAUAGAUGGAAAGAUAAUAUGUGUCCCGAGAACUCAGGAUGCCUAUAGAAUGGGGAGCCCCGGUCUUAUGCGACUUCGGAUCUGCUAUGCUUGUGUCGAUAUAUGGAAUGUGGGAUGUAUGAUUUGGGACCUAUUUGAAACCGAAUCGUUGUUCACUGGAUACGACCCAGAAUUUCAGACUUGCCGAAGUCGCGCUCAUCUCAGCGAAAUUAUAAGUCUCCUCGGUCCCCCUCCACUCAGUCUGCUUGCCCAAGGGAAGUCAAGCCACAAGUUCUUCCACAAGGAAGGUCACUUUUGUGUUAAAACCCCAUUACAACCUCGGAUCCCACUGGAAGAGAGAGAAAGUAAACUUGAGGGAGAGGACUAA